UGAACAAAUCGUGUGAGGCGUUACUUCUUCCUUUCCUACACGCUCGUCUUUAUAUAUAAACAACGCAUUUCUUGUUCAUUUCACCAUAACGAGAGAGAGAGACAGAGAGAGAGAGAGAGAGAGAGAGAGAGAUGGGGAAUAUAGAGAUGGAUAAGGAGAGGUUAACGGCGGAAAUGGCAUUUAAGGAAGAUUCAUCUUCCAUUGUGAUCAAAAUCCGGCGAAAUUUGCCGGACUUCUUGCAGUCUGUAAAACUCAAAUACGUGAAAUUGGGUUACGGGUAUGCAUGUAACUAUGCGACUGUUGUUGUGUUCUUAGUGGUUGCUCUUCCCUUUUUCUUAGCCUCAGCGGUUCAGCUCAAACGUCUCAGUUUCGACCAGGUCCCGGAAUUAGAUUUAUGGAUUACGACGAGGCCCACCCUUCAGUUAGACAACACGUUGGUUGGGCUGUCCGGUGCCGCCGUUCUGGCCUUCCUCCUAACCCUCUACUGGAUCAAGCGGUCCAGACAGAUUUACCUGGUGGAUUUUGCAUGUUACAAACCGGACGACGAGGGGAAGUUGUCGGGUGAAGCCUUCCUGAAGAUGACAGAGGAAAACGGCGCCUUCGAGGAAGAUACGGUUCUGUUCCAAAAGCGGAUCUCGGCCAGGUCAGGUCUCGGUGACGAGACGUAUCUGCCCCUGGGGAUCACCUCCAGGCCCCCCAAACUGUGUAUGGAGGAGGCUCGAUCCGAGGCCGAGUUGGUCAUGUUCGGUGCUCUGGACUCGCUUUUCAAGAAAACCGGUGUUCGACCCAGGGACGUUGGCAUCUUAAUCGUCAAUUGCAGCCUCUUCAACCCAACUCCCUCUCUGUCCUCCAUGAUCGUCAAUCACUAUAAGUUGCGAAGUGACAUCAAGAGCUUCAACCUGGGUGGGAUGGGCUGCAGCGCUGGCCUCAUUUCCAUCGAUCUCGCCAAGGACCUCCUCAGGGCGCAACCAAACACGUACGCUGUGGUGGUGAGCACAGAGAACAUUACCCUUAAUUGGUACUUCGGCAACGACCGAUCCAUGCUCCUCUGCAAUUGCAUCUUCCGAAUGGGCGGCGCCGCUGUGCUCCUCUCGAACAGAACCAGCGACAGAGCCCGCUCCAAAUACCAGCUCGUCCACACCGUGAGAACCCAUAAGGGCGCCGAUGACAACAGCUACAACUGUGUGUACCAAAAAGAAGACGAAAAGGGGACUGUUGGGGUCUCACUUGCCCGAGAACUGAUGGCUGUCGCAGGUGACGCUCUAAAAACCAACAUAACCACUCUGGGUCCCCUGGUGUUGCCAUUAUCCGAGCAGUUCAGGUUCUUCGUUACUCUGGUGCGAAGGAAAGUGAUGAAGGCCAAGGUGAAGCCCUACAUACCAGACUUCAAGCUCGCAUUUGAGCACUUUUGCAUCCACGCCGGUGGGAGGGCCGUGUUGGACGAGUUGCAGAAGAAUUUAAGACUCAGUGAGUGGCAUAUGGAGCCGUCGCGGAUGACGCUUCACCGCUUCGGUAACACGUCCAGCAGCUCCUUGUGGUACGAGUUGGCUUACACUGAGGCGAAGGGCCGAGUCGCACGCGGAGAUCGAGUUUGGCAGAUCGCGUUCGGGUCCGGCUUCAAAUGUAACAGUUCGGUAUGGAGAGCGCUGAGAGCGAUUCCUACUAGGGAGUGUUUAGCCACCUCAGCCAACAACCCUUGGGCUGACUGUAUCGAUCGUUACCCUGUUAAGGUUCCCGUUUGACUGAAUCAGACAUGUGGUGGGAUCCUAAUGCC